AUGAUUUCUGUAUGUUUCAUUUCAGUAUUAUAUUAUACUUGUGUUGAGGAAAUCUGUGAUGGAAAAGUGGAGUUUGAUGGCUCAGAGCUCACUUUGUUAAACAUGGGUUCCUACAUUGUUUCUUAUGAGGUGUUGAGGGAUUUCAUGUUUCAUUUUCUUAAGAGGAGGUACAUGUAACUUAUUCUGUAUCAUAAAUCAAUUCUCUGUUGCAGUUGAAAAGUUGAAGUCUUACAGGCCUUCACACUUAUUGCACAUUACUUUGAUGUUGUGUUGAGAAUGGCAUUAUGAAAAUUACAUUAUGUUGAAUUUUUUUCAAGUAAUCACAUACCACCCAAAAGUUUACAAUGAAUUUGAAAAUGACAUUAUUGUGACAUCUGAAUAUCAAGUAAUGUACUUAGUUCAAUAAAUUUAAAUUUUUCUGGAACACACCCGGCAGAUGCACUUACAAAAACAAUUAUAAUUUACAACAAUUAUACUAAACAAUCUAAGACUCAUUUGUCUGCACAUGAUGGUUUACAAUGAAAAUGAGGUACCAGAAAAAAACAAAUAAUCAAAAAAUUAUUAGCUGAAGGUUCUGAUUUGUUGUAUCUCUGAAGUUUUGCUUGUGACAUUAACUGAAAAUCAUUGUAUCAAGAACAAUGUAAAAUUGUACAUGUAUGUCAUCCAAUUGUCUUUCAAAAAGCUAUAUUGAAAUUAUGUUCUCUUUUUUUAGGUGCAUUCUAUUUACAUACUACAGUGUCUGGCAAGAGAUCAUGGCUGAUGCAGAUGUAUUGGACUUCAAGAGAUUGCUGCCAUACCACCAAUGGCAUUUUGCUUGGUACAGUUUCCUGGACCUUCUUGACAUAAACUAUGAAGAGGGUUUUUGUUGUGCCAUCUGUGGCAAAGAUAACAGUUUGGACACUGUCAUUUGUGAUACUACAGCACUAUCUUUCAGACAAGAGCCUUCUACUUCACUGAAGUCUAGUUAUUCAUCACUGAGUCCAUCCACUGAACCACGAGAAACACAAAGAUAAGUUUCUAUUCUUCUGAAUUUUUUUUCAUAUUUUAUGCAUCAUUUAUCCUAUUAUUUUGGUUCCCAGUAUGAUUCAAGGAGUUCUAUUUUAGAGUGUGAGCAUGAUAUAAUAUAUUAAUCUAGCUGUUGAUGUGGAGACUAUGACUUGAUUCAGUUUGAUUACUGAUUAAUAUAAUAAUUUUAAAUAUUUUUAAUCCUUCACCUUGGGCUGGCACCUUGUCGUGGUGGUGAAGCUUGUGUAUCUCAUUGACCCUGCAAAGACCUUGUAAUAAGGUCUUCUUUUUCUGGAUCAGUUGAGGGGUUGAGACCAGACUAAGACCAGCUCCAGUUCCUCCUACAUUCCACUGGGAUAGACUUUUAAUGUGUCUAAAUAUCACCUGUUUUUAUUUGCCUUAUUUGAAGAGAUCUGCAUUUAGGCUAAUUAUUUAAUAGUUUAUGACAUCAAUAGGCAUCGUGACAGGGUUUACCUUGCUGAAAAAUAUGGGUAAUUGUGAAGAAGAGCUCCCCAAAAAACCUGUCGGCCGACUGUCGGUCAACUGUCGGCCGACAGGUUACCGACAGUCUACCGACAGCUAACCAACAGGUUACCGACAGGUUAGGAAAAAAGAAAAAUUGUGUUAAAAACGAACAGUUAACGUGACAUAACAAUCCGUAAUGGUGAUGUAUGACUCGACAGACUUCACCUACUUACCGAUCGACGGCAAAGUUGAAAGUAUGUAAAGAAACGUUUCUUCCAAAAUGUUGUUAUCAGAUGCGUAUAGGAUAUAUCACUUGCGUAAUUUACAACACACCAGACAAUCUAAGAAUCGCAUUGGAAAUUUAAUCGAAAAACUCGGCCAAAAAACCAUAAGCUACGUAUCAAUACAAACACUUUCGUUCAAAUCGCCCAAUAAUGCAACGCUGCCUCUUAUGGUAUGUUAUGUAUGUAUCAAUAAUGUUUACCUUGUGCAUCGUCCUCUAUCUUGCAGGUUUGGGAUGAAUUGCUAUUUCCAAUUUCAAGUUUAAUAAAUGAUACAACUGUGAAUCUUUUUACUCGUUAUGUUAAGUAAUAAAUUACUAUACGCAACAAUUCGAUAAUUAGACUUGGAUGCGUGAUGCGAUAAUUGAUUUAGGCGCGCACCGCUAAAAUCAUGAUUCUACGAGUGAAGUAUCUUGUAUAUUUCACCACUCACAAAACGGCUCCUUUAGGAGCCACCAAAUCUUGAAAGUCAAUUGUCAACGUAUUACACAUGUUGGAUGUUGUAUCAAGCGAAAACCGAGAGAAAACAUUAAGGUUUGUGUUAACGUUUCACGGACAAGCUACCGACAAGCUACCGACAGGUUACCGACACGUUACCAACAGUCGGCCGACUGUCGGUCCACUGUCGGCCGACUGUCGGUCCACUGUCAGCCGACUGUCGGUCCACUGUCGGCCGACAGGUAGCCUAUAUUUCGGGCAAAACCUGUCGGCCGUCUGUCGGCCGACAAACGGCCGACAGUCGGCCGACUGUCGGCCGACAGACGACCAACUGUCGGCCGACUGUCGGCCGACAGUUGACCGACAGUCGGCCGACAGGUUUUUUGGGGAGCUCUUCUUCACAAUUACCAAAAUAUGUCAGGUAGAUGGUGGAUCAAGUAGGCCGUGAUGUUAGGAAAGUUACAUUACAGACACAGUAAUGACCUCUUUACACCUGGAGUUGCAGUGUUGUGCACCUGUCUCAGGUAGUUUUUUUUCCUGGUGCAUUUCAUUCUAUGGAUGUGAUGUCUCUUUUCCAACACCUAUUGCUGGAUUUUUCAAUGCACAAGGAAAAGCUUCCCUGGUGUGUGCACUUCUCCCCCAAUUGGACUCCUUGGAAGCAUUUUACCACAGACUCAUUGGCAAUGAACCAGUCAAGCAGUGUCCUGAACACAUGCUUCUACUCCAGCAAACUUUUCCACUCCUGUUUGACAUAGUUAGCAUUGUGGAGGGAGAUCAGCUUCCUGAGACCCUGACUGCAUUAAUUAUUGACUUGUUGGAAAAAGUAAAGUCUCUGUUUGGCAGAAAUGGAUCAAUAUCAGAUGCUGUGCAACUGGAUGUACACCGCAUAAAUGAUAUAGAAUACUAUCCUUGCCUGCCUGUGGUAAGAAGUCAUGGUGACUAUUGCCUGGAUGACACAACUCCAAACAUCUGCACAAAGGGGAGUACUCGACACCCAUCCUUACUUCCUGGAGUUUUCUUAGUGCACUGUAAACAUGGUACAAUAAUGUCAUGAAUUUGUAUUAAUAUUUGUAUUAAUUUCUAUGACGAACAACAUUGCUUCUGAUAUAAAAAAUGUAAAUUUCAGUUCACUCUGACCCCCAACUAGCUAUUGUUACCCUUUGUAUAUUCCAGAUUAUCCUGACAAGCUCUGGGUUUACGCCCUGCCUGUGGUUUUAGUUAUCAGGUUUAGGUUUUUCUCAACAAGUGUCAUUUUCUUGAAAGACCAAAACUAAUGCUUAGUUUCAAACGAAUAACAUCUGCAGCUGUCAAGUCAAAGAAUUGCACAAAUUAACUGACUUACCUGUUUUGUUUUGUUUUGUUUUGUUUGCUGUUUACUGACUUAAUCGAAAUUUUUCUCACAAUUUAUUGGCUAAAUGGCAUAAUGACUUGUAUAAAUAAAGGUUGUUGAUUUCUAUUGACUAGUGAUGUACCCCAGUUACACCCUCUCUUCAGCCUUCAUUACAUGUUCUUUCACAACAUGCUUUCAGGCACUCAAUGUACACGGUGUUGCUGUGAUUAUGUGUAAAUUUAUAUCCUCUCUUUUGAUUUCCAUUUUAGGUGUAACUCAUAGAUUUCCUGCAAUGCUCUGUAACAAAUCUCCUAACAUCCCAUUUACAGUGUUUCAAAUGCGUUUCUCACAAGGUAAGCUCAAUUUAAUGUGCUUGUGUAUGUUGUGGCCUUUGAUUGGAUGCUGUUGUGCAUGAAGAAAAUUUCUUUUUAUUACCUGGGCCCAGUUUAAAGGAUGAAUAACGCUAUCCACUGGAAAAUCACCAUCCAGUGGAUAGUGUUGUAUGUUAUCACAACACUUAUAGGUAAAUAGUGAUUCAUUUUGUGGAUAGCAUUGUGUUGCACUGCAGUUUGUCUUUUUGCUGUUGAAUGAUAAUAAGGCGUUCUCCUUUUUGACGAGAUGUCAUGUAACCCUUUAACUCACAGAUCAAAUUUGUUUUUCUCCUUUCUGUCCACCCUACAAUUCUUAUCGUGUUAAUUCAGAGAAUUUAGUAUUAGAUCAACUAAUUAUCCCCAAAUUGAUCUUUUUCUUUAUUCUCAUCACUUAUCUGGUUGAUAUUGUAUUGAUAUUGUAAGGAGAAAUUCUGUCUUGGUCACUCAUGGGAGUUAAAGAAGAUGCAUUUUCCUCUAAUGUUUUGUAAAAUGUUCCUCUUUAUUGGAGCAAUUAGUGCUACAAAAGAAAACACAGUUAAGCACAUCUAUUUCAUCAUGAAAUGGGUGAUCAUUGUACAGUUGAACCUGCAUUAAGCUGCACCAUAUUAAACAGUUACCCUGUAAUAAAGCAGUCACUUCUCAGUUUUUCUCUCCUUUAUUACUGUAAUUUUCACCUCUAUUAAGUGGUCAAUGGUCAUCCUUGAUUGAGUCCCAGCUUCCUGUUUUUAUUGUUGUCUACUUGCAUGUGUUGAACAAUCACUUAAGCAGAACCUUGCAAAUAAAACUAGGAAUAGUACUUUGAGUUCAAAGGUGCUCAACAUAUUGCAAAUUAUCUAAUUCUGUUGGGACAAAUAUUAUGCACAAACAUUACACAAGUCAAUCAGCCUAUGAUUAUGACCUAGAGGUCCAACUGAUAGAUAAUAGUAUACAGUAAUUCUGCAUCAGUGUUCUUUUUUAUGCUAUGUCACCAUUUUGUUGAUUCUGUUUACUGGUAUUAAAAAGAGGCAAUGGAUUUUUUUAGCGAGCUUUGAAUAACCUUUAAAUUAAGUUAUCAAUUAUGGCAUAAAAUAGCACUUUUACUGCAUUUGACUUCUGUUCUGUGCAAACUGUUUAAGUGGUCUCCUUGCAAUUCUGUGCAGGUGACUGCUUGAUGUAGGUUUGACUGUAUAUGUUUGUAGCUUUUUCUUCAUCAAUCACUGUUACUCAACACUGAUAUUGUUCUGACUUUUCUAUGCAGGAAAGAACAACAUAUCAUGAAAAGGAAAUCUCACAAGCUGUCCAGCAACAUGAGCAGCAGUUUUUGGAGUUUGACUCAUCAUCAGAAAACUUAUCAGCAAAAAAUUUAGCCACAAUUGUGGCUAUAAUGUUAUUGCUAAAAAGGCUGCUGUGGCAAGUGCCACUAUCAGUUGUAAAAUGGAAGAAAUGCAUGAUUCUUCAAAAUUCAAGUACAAACAGGUCAAUGUUAGUCUAGAGAAUGAUGAAGGAGUAAAAAAUCUGCAGCUUCCAGUCAUCAUUCCAAAGGAAAUUCUGGAAAUUAGUGAUCUUGUUGUACAAGUAUACUUUUCAGUUGUAAAUGUACUUUGGUAUAAUUUUUUAACAUUCAGACAAGUUAUUUUAGGGAGUAUUUCUUAUCAUUAUUUAUCACUGUAUUGACAUUGUGAGCUAAUUACAUGUCGCUUUAUGGACUCAAAGUUGACUUUUCUUCUUUUCAAACUUCUGAUUGCUAAUACUUUAAAUUUCCAAUUAACCUCUAUCAAAUCAUCCACUUAAUUUUUCUUUCCUCAACCUUAACUUGCCAGGUUGUUGAUUCUUAGAAGAAAAUGUGUGUAUGCAAAGGCUCAGGAAAUUUGUCCACUACAAAAUGAAUAUAAUUUUUGGCAUCACCUGGCAUUUCUCAGCAAAUAGAGAUAUUUCUCAAGCAGGUUUGAAUUAGGUGUCUCUGUUGAUGAGAUUUUCUUUCCCAAGAUCUCAGUAGUAAUUCUCCUUACUGUCUGCCAUAUAAGUUUUAUGAUGUUAGCUGAAAGAAUUUGGUAUUGAAUCAACUAAUAUUGCCCCAAUGGAUGUUUUUUUAAUUCUCAUCACUUGUCUGCUUGAUACUGUAUUGAUAUUGUAAGGAGAAAUUCUGUCUUUGUCAGUUAUGAGAGUAAGAGGGUUUUAAAAGAGACUAAAAGAUUUGUUCAAUAAAAGUGUUUGGACACAAAUUCUAAUCACCUGCUUUUUCAAAAAAGUUUGUACAGAUCAAAAGCAUUCUUUCAAAAAUGUGGAAAGUUACAUUUUAAUUCUAAAAACCUGCAAAAAUCAUGGAAUGUGAAGGUGUUGGAAAAAAAAACAAAAACAAAAAACCAGAGGAAGUCUCCUUUGUCAUCUUUUUUCGUAGCUGCAACAAGUGGAAAUCUUUGUGAGGUUUCCUUGUCUCCUCUCCCCAUUCUUUUUACCUGUGGGAUAUAUUUCUUAUCUCUGAUUUAUUUUCUGUUAUUUUUGUGUGCUGAGUUCCACUGAUUUCAUGAAUCUUGCUUUAAAAAAAGUUAACAGGUGUCCUUAAACUGGCCAGGAACCUUCUCAAGGAUAUAUGGUACAUUGAUUACAUGUGACUACACUUCCUUAGAUAUUUUACUGUUGUUUCAAGGCAUGGGUUGAAAGAAGGAGGGGAAAAUCAUUCAAUUUGAAAUAGGGUAUGGGGUUUUUUUUUAAGGGUUGCCUCAUACCCUCACCUUGAGGCAGUCUCUUUGGUAAAUUGGUAAAUCCAGACUGAUAUUGAAAAGGCCACACCCCUUUGCCAUAGCUUUCAAGUUGUGUCUAACAAUUGAGGCCAAAUGUAUCUCGACACAAAGUUGAAUUCGGUUUACAAAAUUUAUUGUACAGUCUUGACAAAUUUGGAAGUCUGGCUCCAUUUGUUAACCCUCUAACUCCCAGAUCAAAUUUGUAAUUCUCCUAAAUGUCAACCAUACAAUUCCUAUAAUGUUAGUUCAGAGAAAUUAGUAUUGGAUCAACUUAUUAUCCCCAAAUUGAUAUUUUACUUUAUUCUCAUCACUUAUGUGGUGGACAUUGCAUUGAUGUUGUAAGGAGAAAUUCUGUCUUGGUCACUCAUGGGAGUUUAAGGGUUAACAAUAACUGGUAAGUUAAAAUCUCAACAGGGUAAGUCUGAUGCUUCAUCAGAUUUUGAAUGCAAACUCUACAACAUUAUAUUGAACAAGUAACAGGCCUUCUGUCUGAAAGCAAGAUGAUUUUAUUUACAAUUUGGUCUCAUUUUUUCAAUAUUUUGCCCAAAGAGUGAAACUACUUGAACCGGUUUGCUUCAAUAAAAAAAAAAGGCAGAGAACACGAGAAAUGAAAAAAUAUCAAAAAAAGAAUUGUAGAAAACAUAAGAAAUGAAAGAGAGAACCUGGCAUUCUACCAGGUAAUCUGUAAUGUAUACAUUCAUCUAAUCCGUUUAAAAUCUCACACAAAACUCCAAGCGAUCAAAACAUACAGAAGCAUGGAGAGAAUUUAGGAUCGAAACUAACCAAUCAUAAAAUGAAAAAGUUUCCUGAGAGGUCCGAGGUUUGAUUGUUUUCUCUGCGAGAAGCUUUGUGUUUUUACUUCGAUGUUAUUGGUUUGUUUUUUAAAAAAAAAAAGAUUGACAUCGUUUGUUCUUAAUAAACAUGUUCAUUGGUUCAUUUUUCUUCAUUUUGAUCCGGUUCAAAUAAUCUCGCUGCUCUGAGCGCUUCACAGAGUAAGUUUGCUUUUAUUAACGAUUUGAGUUGUUGGGCUGUAAUUAUCACUGAGCUGGUUACCUCACAGUUAUUUUGAAUAGUAAGUGGUUCUAAUAAUUUAUUUUUAGUUUUUAAUUGGAAUUGCUGAGGCCUAAAUUAUUAGCUGACACUUAGACUGACUAUUGCUUAGUAAAUUACGUGCCUUUUGCUCACCUGCUUUUGUGAUGUUAUUUAAGAAGAGGUUUAACAUGCGUAGCUGACAGUUGUUGUUGUUGAUGGCUUCAGCCAAGUGCUGUGCUCCAAUGUCUGAGAUUUUAUUUCUGUAGAGGAUUAACAUGCGUAGCUGACAGUUGUUGUUGUUGAUGGCUUCAGCUAAAUACUUUGCUGCUUCAUCUGUCAAUUGAUUUCCUGUGAGGUUUAACCAGCUCAGUUGAGAUUCCCUACAUUUUAACAAUCUACAAAUCUCCAAACAACCUAAUGGACCAAUGUUAUUGACACUCAAAUCUAAAUGUGAAAUUUGAUGAACAUUAAUUACAUUUACUAACGAAGAGCAAUCAACAGCUGUGAGGUCACAACGAAUAAAAUUUACAUAAUUAAAGUUAAUUUGUUGAAGUUUUCUCUGUGCUUCUGACUUCAUUCUACUGUUUUCGUUUAAACAUUUCAUUAAUGUCACUGCUAAAUGUCGUUCGUCAUCAGUCGGCCAGCAGGUCACUUUCGUUUUCUCUUCAUUCCCUGUCCACUGUACGUUGUAGACUACGCUUUCUUUUUCUUCAGUUUUCACAGGAAGAAGGUCUGUGAUAAUUUCGCUUGGUAGGGUUUUUUUAUUCUCCAUUAAUCCUGCUACAAACUGAAAAACCAGCUGCCAUUUGCCUUCCUUAAUGUUCAUUUGAACAAAGGUUUUUAAUUCUGUUUCACUCAUGUUAGUUAGGUGCUUCGCAGCGAAAAACUCCUGCAUUGUGAGAUGAAUAAAACAGAACUGUCCUUCGCUACUAAACGAGUCAACUUCACGGUCGGGUAAGCGGUGAAAUAGAGCGCUGUCCUCCAUUCUGCGUACUUCGUUUGCUCCAAAGAUCAGCCUUCCUUCUUAAAUUCCUUCAAAUGCCAAUUUUUCUAGUUUCUCCAAUUUUUUUUCUACUUCGGGGGGCAAUUCAUCUGAUUCAAAGUCUUCGUCAGUGAAAGGUUCAUCGCGAAAUUCUUCGUUGUGUCUCAAGUAGAAAAUUUUCACGGCUCUCUUGUAUAUGCCUGUUAAACUUGUUGGUAGGUUAAGACCUCUUGGAGUAUAGAACUUCACCAUUUUAAAGAGACUUGAGCAAAUGAUGAAGCAACUCGCAGGAAUGUAACAAAGAGAUAAGAUAUUGAUGUUGCUGGUGAUGUGACGCUUUACUGUGUCGCCUGCUUCCUUGUCUUCUUCAGCAAAUUUGGUUACGUAUUCUUCGACUUGUUCGGAUGAGAAGCCAAGGAUCUCAAGUGUUUUGUCAAAACGAAUACUUUCGAUGCGUGACAGAGCUGUAGGUCUUGUUGUAGUUAAAACUGCUGCCCCUUUGAGAAGUAUUCCAGUCGUUAGUUUGACAUAAAGAGCCGAGAGGGGCAUCUUCUCGUCUACGCUGUUUUUGAAUUGAGGUUUCUUAUUUUCCGUGCCGAUCUUUGAUUUAUCUUUGAAUUCAUCAAUUCCAUCGAAAAUAAGGAGAACUUUCUGCGGGUUUUCUAGGAUGUAAUUCCAGACUUCCUCAUCCAGCUUGUUCCUGGGUGAGUAUGUGGAGCGGGUCAGUAGCUCCCGAAGAGUAAGGUCGGAUGCAGUGUUGAAUAAUCUGAAUUUGACGAAGAAAGCAGCAUCAAAGUGGAUUUUGUCAUCGGGUGUUUUAUGGAAUACUUUGUUAGAUGCCCAGUCUCUAAGAAUUUUUGUACAACAAAGUGUCUUUCCGAUACCGGGACGACCGACGAUCAAAAUGUUUUUGUUUUCGUGAUUAAGAAUGUCCUCUGGCCCUCUCGGUGUUUCGUUUUUCUCACCCGACCUGGCGUAGAUUUGCAAAUUCUUCCGUCUGUCUUCAGUAAAGUCAUAUUCAGCCAUGUCAGGUACAACAACAAGGUUUGUGUAAAUCUGAUCCAGAGUCAAAUGUUUAGGUGGGUGUCCUUUGCCAGGAGGACUUGGAAAAAGCGACUGGAGUUGUGGAGGUUGAUAAGUGUCGUCCAUAAUCAUUUUCUUUGUAUUCAGGAUGAAUUUCUGAAGCGGUGAUUUUACGAAUUGUUCAGGCCCGCUCGGUUGAUGUGGGAUGUUAGUCUCAUGGUCUUUACUUUCCUCUACAUGGUGAACUUCUUGUGGGAUGUUUGUUUCUGUCCGUUCUUGCCGCUGAGGGUCAUGUGGGUUGUUUGUUACAAGUUGUGUUCUUUCUUCUUGCUGUUGAGAUUCUUCGGGAGGAUUUAGAUGAGAUGCUUGAAACUUUGAGUUUUGCAUGAAAUCCCUUUCUUUGCAUGCCCUAACAAAAAUGUAGACGAUUUCAAUCAGAAUGCCAACGACAAAAAUUACAUUUACUACAAGGACAGCGUCCAUCCAGGAGGCUUUCUUUACCGCUCGUUGAUUGUGACAAGCGUGCAAAGUCGAGUGGUGGGCGUUGUCAGAUGAAUUCGUUGGCUGAGUGGUUCCAUCGGUUAAAUGACAGUGAAACUUGGAGGGAAACUUUAAAGGAUAAAGCAACUGAGUUUGUAGGAUGAUGAAAACAACUCCUAAAACAAGUCUUGUGAAUAGUUGACUGCAGUAAGCGAUAAAAAGCUUGUAUCCCGUUGAUAAUGCGUUCUCUUGGUUGCGCGAUUGUCUCUCUGGAUCACCGUUACGAAUGCUUCGCGACAGUCGAUUGACUGUAGGUCUUACUAUUUGAGAGUAGAUAACACAUACAAAUAUAAUAAGGACGAAAUUCACGAUUACGAAGCCAUAGACAGGCAAAGCGAAUUUGUUGUAUUGCUCCUGGUAUUUCUCGUAACAUAUUCCCCGGACGAGGUCGAUGUUUUGACUUUUCGCUGCGCCACAGCGGAAAUCAAACCUGGGUUCGCUGUUUUCCAUGUCGGCGAAUAUAGCAAGGAAGAUGACACCAAUCAGGAUCCAAAAAACCACUGUCACAUAAUGAAUUUUGCCGAACGUUUUUGGCUCCAAAUAAUCUAAUAGUUUUUCCAGAGACAUUUUGAGUGAUUCUGUAACAUUCGUUUGAAGACUGGUCUCCGUUUUAAAUGAAUUGCUAUUUUGAUCAUGGCAUAUUUAUGAGAAACGGAACUUUCGUUUGAUUGGCUCUUUGAAAACUUUCAAUUGUCAAAAGGGCAACACUUCAUUCUCUAAAAAUAUUUACUGUGAUAUUUGUAACAUUUGCAAAGGGGACUUAAUAAAGUGAUGGAAGUUGAAGGCCUAAAGUUGAGUUCAUCAUUUUAUUUUGCAGACUAUGAUUCCGUUUAAGUCAAGCUUUUUACAACAAAUCUUUGCCAAAAUCUAGGAAUAUUUCGAGGUUUAAGUCCUUUGGCUUUGAGUGUUCAGUGCAAAACAUUUCAGUUUUGUAAAGCGGGAAAGAUUGUUUCUAAAUUUAUUAUUUUACCACUUACCUUUUACACAAGAAGCUUGUCUUGUUUGAUAUUCUAGUCGUAUGACUGAUGAAACCAAAAUUAAGAAACUGAAAUAGGAGUUUCUCUGCAAAACAAAGAUGAAUACAAAUAGCUAUUGUAAGAAAGACGUAAAAUCUCCCGUAAAAUAGAAGUAAAAUAGAUGAAAAAAAAUUGAUCAACCGAAGAGGGAGAAACGGUAACCAAGUGUAAAGAUUGAGCUCGAUUUGUGCAGAACCCCCCCAAAAAGCCGUUUAGGAACCUGAAAAUCAAUCGCUCAUCAUCUUCUCCAUAAAUUAAGUGCACGAGGUAAAAUUAUCAAACAGACUAGAUUUCCCCGCCUUGAAUUAAUUUGAAAUUUAGCAAAUUGUUACGAUUUGAAUAUAAUCUGCGUUACAACUGACACUGAAAAACGUUAAGCUACUUAGGACGGCGAAGGAAAAACAUUAGGCGAGCUGGGCCAAACGGAGAUUUUAUCACAAGAAAAAUUUCUGCUCAUGUGAUGAAAAUUUCCAUGAAAAAAUAUUUCAGCUUCGAAUGGACUUAUUUCACCUAUCUUUUACACUAAGAACACUAGCGACGGUUACCAUCUUUCUGAAAACUUGUUUUGCCGAAGAUAACUGACCCCGCGCGUGAAACGCAAUUUGUACAUCGAGUUAACAUUUGUAAACUUCUCAUUACGUUUUUGGUCACAUAUUUUACAUAUCUAUUUGAUUAAAUUCACACAGGCGUUUUGAUUGUUAUUCGACUUCUGGAUAGAUAUGAAUAAAAUGAAUGACUCAACACGCCAGAAGUAUCGAUGUUAAUGCGCCAGAGAUUUUUUAUCCAUAGGAUACAAAGAAAAUUUUGAAAAAAGGGGGAAUUUAUUAACGCUUUCCCUGCAAAACAGAGAUGAAUGACAAUCUGGCAAGAAUGAAAGAAAGUAACAGCUUUAUUGUUAAACAAAAAAUUGUUUAGAAAACCUAAAACAGAACUACGUGGCUUUUCAACUUCCCCGUAAUUUUAAUAAAAAACAUGGCAUCUUCAUAUCAUUUUUUUACAAAGGUUUCAUAUUAUUUUUUUAACAAACAUUUCAGAUUUAACAAUCGGAAUUUCCCGUUGAUACAUUGCGUGUCUGCCUUUACUCUUUCACUCUCAGACUCUGACACUUAAGAAUUGUUUAACCUGUAAUUUCUCCCCACAGUAUCAAUAUAUUCUUCAGUAAACAGUUUUGGAGAAAAAAGAAACUUAUCAGCUGGAUGGUGUCAAAUUGACGCAACACUUCAUUCUCUAGAACUAUUUACUGUGAUAUUUGUAACAUUUGCAAAGGAGACUUAGUAAGAUGAUAAAAAGUUAAAGGCCUAAAUUUGAGUUUGUCAUUUUAUUUGCAGACUAUGAUAAGUUUAAGUCAAGUUUUUAGCAACAAAUCUUUGCCAAAAUCUAAGAUUAUUUUGAGGUUUAAAUCCUCUGGCUUUGAAUGUCCGGUGCGAAACAUUUCAGUUUUGUAAAGCGGGAAAGAUUGUUUCUAAAUUUAUUAUUUUACUGCUAACCUUUUACACAAGAAGCUUGUCUUGUUCGAUAUUCUAGUCGUAUGACUGAUGAAACCAAAAGUAAGAAACUGAAAUGAGAGUUUCUCUGCAAAACAAAGAUGGACGCAAGUAGCUAUUGUAAGAAAGUCGUAAAAUCUUCUAUAAAAUAGAAGUAAAAUAGGUGAAAAAAAUUGAUGAACCGAAGAGGUAAAAACGGUAACAAAGUGUAAAGAUUGAUUUUGAUUUGUACAGAACAAAUAAAAAAAGCCGUUUAGGAACCUGAAAAUCAAUCGCUCAUCAUCAUCUUCAUAAAUUAAGGGCAAGAGUCUAAAUUAUCAAACAGACUAGAUUUCCCCGCCUUGAAUUAAUUUGAAAUUAAGCAAUACUGUGCGAUUUGUAUCAUACUCUCUGUUACAACUGACACUGAAGAACGUUAAGUUACUUAGGAAGGCCGAGGAAACAACACUAGACGAGCGGGGCCAAACGGAGAUUUUAUGACAAGAGGGAUUCCUGUUCAUGCGAUAAACAUUUUCACGAAAAAACAUUUCAAUUUCGAAUGGCCUUAUUUUACUCAUUUUUUAAAUUGGGAACACUAACAACGGUUACCAUUUUUCUGAAUGUAAAUUCUUGUUUUGUCGAAGGUAACUGACCCCGCCCGUGAAACGCAAUGUGUACAUCGUGUUAACAUUUGUAAACUUACAUGACGUUUUUGGGCACAGACUGGCAUGUCUGUUUGAUUUAAUUCACACAGACGGUUUGAUUUUUAUCCAACUGAUGGAUACACUGCAAAAAGUAUGAUUCUUAAAAAAGCGAAAAACACAAAAAGUAAGAGUGUUUGAUCUGAAAUAUGAAGUUUUCACUGAAAUUAGCGCAAUUAUGUCAACUAAGUGUACUUAGCUCUCAAAUAAGAAUCAAUUUCCCUCAAAAAAGUUGAGGCCCCAAAACAAGAGAAAAUUACCCCUUUUAAAAUAAUAUUCCCUCAACAAAGAGUCACUUAAAAUGCAUUACACUUAUAUCAAUGUCUUCUAUUUCUUUUAGGUGUAUCUAGCAUAAUCUUUAUUUAAGCACGAAACAAUUCAUCAGCAAUUACAUUAACUAAAACUAUUUAAAAAUUAAAACACUAACUAAUAACUAAAAGCUGUUUUCCGUGAAUGCCGUGCGUUAUAGAGUGGCAUUGAUCUUGCGUUUAAAUAACCCCAGAGACUCUGUGUUCCUUAUAUCACAUGGAAGACUAUUCCAUAAUGUGGCUCCACUAUAGCUAAAGCUUUUUCGAUAAUAGUUAGUGCGAGGUAGAGGAACAUUGAGUUUAUUUUCAGAGUCCCUGAGGUCAUAAGCAGAGUUACGCCAUCUAAACUUAGAAUUAAGAUAUUCAGGAGCUAGCCCGUGCAGACAUUUGAAAACUAUGGUAACUCUAUGAAUUUCCAGCUGGCUUGUCAGAUUUUUCCAACUUAAAAAUUCAAGUAGCUUAGUUGCAUCGGCAUCAUAGCUGGAAAAUGUCAAAACACGGGCUGCUCUAAUCUGUAAUUUCUGCAGCUUAUCUCGUAGCGUUAUCCCACAGCUACCCCAGACAAUGUCACAGUAAUCAAAGUGAGGUUUUACUAAAGCUUGGUAAAGCAGAUGUAAGGUCGAUGCUGGGAUCAGAUGCCUGACUCGCUUUAGGCACCCGAUACCAGAGGCAAUCUUUUUUGUUAAUUUUCGAUGUGACUAUGCCAAUCGAGCCUAUCGUCUAUAAUCACACCAAGCGAUUUUGUAGAAGUAACCUGGAUCACCUGAGUGCUGUUCAUUCUAAUUGUUGGUGAAGCUGUGAGAGUACCCAGUCUCUGCCUUGACCCUAUUAGCAUGAAUUCGGUUUUUGUCAUAUUCAGUGUGAGUUUAUUCGCUUGUAGCCAGUUGAAAACGUUUGUUAAGUCCUCAUUCAGACAAAGCUGUAUACUCUCAAGAUCACCGCCCGCAUAUGUAAGGUGUGUGUCGUCAGCAUAUCUGCUCGGAGGUAGGUUCAAAUUCCCUAAAGAAAGUACUUUAAUAUUUUACUUAUUUUAAAAUCCUUAAAAGAGAAGAAUAACUAUGAAGUUAAGUGAAUUGCAAUAAAUUUAUUUUGUUUUGCUGCACUGUGCACCAGGAACAUGCAUCCAACCCCCUCCUAAAAUACUCAACAAAAACAGCAUGAUACCAGCACAAGCUGAGUUAUAACCCAAAUAAUUGUUAAUUAGGAGUUCUGUUGUUAAUGUCUGAAAAUGAAAGGAAGUAAUAGAAACUUUAACCUUUAAUUUAGAUUUCAUAAAAUCAAAUACGCCUUCGUUGGAAACCGUAGAAUUCUACCUUAGUUUGAGUACACCGAUCUACAAAAUAUAAUAGAUAAAAUGAACAGUACGCUACGUUUAAAAACAUUAUAAACGAGCCAAAACAAAAUAGCAGCAGAGAAAGUACAGUGGAAUCAAGAUUUUAUGGAACAUUCAAGAUAAACAAAACUUUCUUCAAAUAAUUAGGUAGCUUUAGGAAUCGGGGUAAAGUUACAAUGUUCGACUGAGGGAAGGGAAACAGAAUUUCAAGGGUUCGAGUUAUCAGGAGGUUCGAAAAAUAGGGAUUCCACUGUACACUCACAUGUCGUGGCUCCGAUAUGGGUGGGGCAACGUGCAGCCACAAUCCACUAUGGUGGACUCCUUGGCCUCUUCGAAAGGUAAUAGCCCAAACAAACGCGGUGGUAUCACGCAAAGCAGGUAAGGCACUGCAUCUCAUUGCGAAUCGAAUGUUGGGUGUUAAAUCCUCGCCAAAACACGCAGUGCACCACACUUCCAUGGCAGAAGGGAGCAUAUAUGGUUGAAGGUGUUUCCUUGUCCUGUAAGUGGCAGCCAGAUGAUGUGAAAAGGCCCAAUCUUCCCUGUCUGGCUGGAAGCAACAAGGAGGACUUUGUUUUGUGUUGUACCAUACAGCCCCAGACAGUUCGCAGUGCUGUUGUAUUGCUUUCUUUAAAAAGCUGGCAGCAAAGGUUACCUGCAAGAGUUCUUUAAAAAAAACUGCGGAUGUCAGUAUUGUAAUGCCAACUUGCCUGGAGAAACGAGCUGAUACCUGGUUAUAAUGAGAUGAUACAGAUGUGGAAUUGAUUCAAAAGAAUGUGAGCCAGUCCUUAAAACGAACAAGUCACAAGUUAGUUACAUAUAUCAGUAAAAUUCAAAGGCAUUGAAGACUUGCCUUUAGACACUUUUUGUGACAAUUUCUUGAAUGGAUUUGUCUUUAAUUUCCUGAACCUCGUUUGGUGAAAGGCUUGCACAGGCUGCCCACUGCAAAGCAUCGCCUCUAUCAGUAAAAUGCGUCGCAUUCUGUAAAAAGAAAUAUAACCGAAGUACAAAGUAACUCGUUUUAAAGUUACUUUGUGAAUGGAAUAAAAUUUUUCGAAAUGCAGUUUAGUUACUUCUACAGAGAGGGUAAUAAGUAACUACAGGAAUGGUUAACAUGACACUGAGAUGGCUACUACAGAUAUUAGUCUAUUGGACAGUUGUCAAAUAUGAUUGAAAAACGUGAGCACAAAAAAUUAUUGUGUAAUUAUCAAAAGUGAUCAAAGAAUUUUGGGUUUUGCGAGCAGUCAAUGAAACAAAUGAAGUUGAUGAAAAGAAAUGAAUUGACAUGAAUGGCAGUUAGUGUUUAGAGGAUAAAGAAAAAAAUCACAACCUUAUAUUGCUUGCUAAGUAAUCUGAGAAUAUCAAAGUAGCAAAUUUCUCUAACAGCUGGAUUAAAAUAUUACUGUAUAACAAGCAACCACAUAAACAAGCAACUAAAGAAAGAACUAAGAAAUGAAUUUUCAAAGAUUAAUUUAAGAUUGAUUUAUUAUGCCUCAGUCUCAGCUUUGAAAAGGAGAUCCAGAGAAUGACCUCUGUUAAAGUUCACUUAAAACAUAAAACAAGGACGUUAAAAUUGUGCACUAAUAAGCUUAGCAAACACAAAAAAUAACUGAUUGUUCUUACUGCAUCAACAAUGUGGUCAUAGUGAGCGAGACCAUACAUUGCUGCACCCAGUCUAAAAAUUUCAAAGUUACUUUCAUGUCCAGACAUGACUAUGGAUAGUGAAUUAUAGAAGCAGUUUCCAUCCCCACUUGAGUAGAAUGACUCCAGACCAAGCUCAUAAAUGGACUGGUCAACAUAGCUGGAAAAUCUCUAAAAGCAAUAGAAUAUGAAGUUAAUAACUACCAAUGCAAUAAAAUUUAUAAAUGAAAAUAAUGAUAAUAGUAACAACAAUAAUGAUGAUGAUGAUUGUCCCAAGUUAAUAACUUUUACUAAACUUUUUACCACUCUGGAAGUCUGCACUGAUUCUCGCUGUUGAUGAACUGACAUGGAAAGAUCUUUGAGAGAUGUUCCAGGAUGUGAGAAGAUAAACUUAAGUUCACCUCCCAAGGCAAUCUGACCAUGCAUCCUAAAAUGUCCCUUGCAAUUUGGUACUUUAUGACUAUGGAUUUCAGUCUAGGAAAGAAAAAAACACCGUGCAUUAAUAGGUAAAUCACAAAUUGGUAAACAAAAUAACAUUCAUAUUUAUAGUCAAAGGCUGUUAAUUAACUCUCAUGAAUGGAUUCCUCAUUAAAUGCCCCAACCCUAAUCAUUAAGUUGAAAAAAAUACUUUUUGAACAUCACACUAAAGAGCUGGAAAUGGCCUGGCAUUAGUGGACCCUUAAACAAACAAUAUCCACCUUUUGGAGUUAGUAGGACCAAACUGCUUGGACAUAGCCCCCUUCCCAGGUUUCUAGCUAAACAACUGGUGUUAAAACUCUAGCUGACAGCUCAUGAAAUGACACAGAGAAUGUUUAGGAAUGGUAAAUUCAAAAUAAAAUACUUGCAUCCUAGACUAGAUUAAAUUGUGAAAUAAAUAAAAUAGUAUGUUUGUUUAUUUUUUUGCCAUACAUACAUGCACAAAAAAGUAAUGAACAAAAUGAAGUUUAAUUAAUAACAGGAAGCUUACAUCUUCAUCCAGUUUUCCUAGAAUACUCAGCAUGUUUGAUGUUUGGAUCUGAUUCAGUUCACUGCAGGUUUGCAGUACAGAUUGCCAUACAAGACGAGGUUAGAAGUGGUGACAGCAGGUGUUGAUGAAGGAGCAGGAGGGCAAAUGGGGCUUGCAAAAACUUCAGGGGCAGAUGAGGGAGGAUCAGAAAUAAAAACAGAAGCUGGUGUUGAUGAUACAGGAAUGGGAAUCACAGGACUAUGAGCAGAAUCAUCUACUGUGAUGUCAACCUCUUAAGGGUGCUGUUGUUGAUUCCAAUUUCUGUAUGAAUGCAUGAUUGAAAUGAAAUAAAAAAAGUAAAAAAGCUGACGUUUCGAGCGUUAGCCCUUCGUCAGAGCGAUUAGAGGAAUUGUGGGUUGUGUGUGGAUUUAUAUGUAGAAAGUGGAGCUACGCCACGCCAUAUAAAUCCACACACAACCCACAAUUCCUCAAAUCGCUCUGACGAAGGGCUAACGCUCGAAACGUCAGCUUUUUUACCCUUUACGGUGGCUAAUUUACGUUUUCAACCCAGUUGUUAACACUAAAUUACCUGCUAUACUCUCCCACCGACGCAGCACCACAGUUUCUUUAGAAACUUACCCCUUUAUUUAAAUUGCACAGGGUCUUCUGAUAGUAUAAAUACCACGCGAUCACGAUUCUCUGGGAAAGUCUGAUAUGCUCAUUGCAAGAAAAUAAAAGAGCAUUGGAAGAAUGAAUGCCAGCGCCGAGAAAUAUACUUGCUGCUUUUUACAAAAUAUACUAAAAUCAGAACAGUACCGCGUUUCUUCCCGCCAUGAUGAAUGGGCCAUUACAAUAUGUUGUGUAUGUGUCAUAAAGUGUACAAGCAGCUGGUGGUAAUUUUCGUGGUUACGAGUAGAAUCUGUGUUACCGAAUACCUCCAUUAACGGGUCAUAAGUGCAACGGUACAAACAUGGCCACCGAAUCGGGCGCUAGACAUAGAGAUAAUCAAAAUGUCUUUCGUAUUACUGACGUAAAAAAAAGAAAGAAGAAGAUGAUUUGAGGCCCGGGAUACUUCUUGAUAUUCAUUGGGACAUAUUGACUUUAUUUGUAAACAGUGGAUUUCCAUGGCGAGGAUUGACUCUACUGUGGGAGGUAUCUCAAAAUUUAUGAAACGAAGUACAAGGUGAGCUAUUACCCUGAUUGGAUGUAGAUCAAGAUAUAUACAUACUCAAAUUUGUUGAAAGGAACCAUUAAGAAGAAACAUAUACCCAUGUAAUCAAUACAAGUUUCAUUUAACAUUUAUGCUAACUUUCAACUCGUCCAUCGAUGAGUGUUGUCGCUGCUGGUGUUAUAUGCUACCUAACUAUGGAUAAAAGGCUGGUUGAGGUAGUAAAAACCAUUACCUGCCACAUAUCAGCCUUUCCAUUUUUGAUCGUGAUUGACUUUGUGUACAGUUAUCCCACACUGUCCAAAAUCAUUCAUUGUUUAGUGGUGUCUUUGACAUGUACAAAAUUUGACGAACAAAAUUCAAGACUUCGCGUAUACAGAACAAAUGGUUCGGUCCUAUGCAAGAAAAAUGUAACCAAAAUCUUAUGGCUGAAAAAAUCAUGUAGUCGAAUGCUGUGGAAAACAGAAAGCAAAGUUCUUGUAUGACCUAAGAUCUUGUUCAAAUGCUUACUGUUUUGCUUGUGAAAGAUCAGCAAAAUUAGAGAUUCAAUCUAUAGAACUGGACUUGAAGGUAGUCAGUUUCUUAAAUUUUUAUACUGACCUAAAUUUAGUCUUUGUUGAGUCAUUUGUGCAUUUCAUUUGGAGCAAUAUUGGACAAAAAUCUCCCUUUUUAUUCCAAGACUUAUGCAAAAGUCACUGAUUGGCCAAAACCUUCUUGUAUACUUUUCCAGAAAGUGAAAUCUCAUGACUGGCAUUGUGUUGCACUGCAGUUUGUCUUUUUGCUGUUGAAUGACAAUAAGGUGCUUUUCUUUUUGAUGAGAUGCUAUUUAACCCUUAAACUGACUCUCAGAUCAAAUUUGUAAUUCUCCUUUCUGUCAGCCAUACAAUUCUUAUCUAUUAACUCAGAUAAUUUAGUAUUGAAUCAACUAAUUAUUCCCAAAUUGAUAUUUUUCUUAAUUGUCUUCACUUACCUGGUUGAUAUUGUAUUGAUAUUGUAAGGAGAAACUCUGUCUUGGUCACUCAUGGGAGUUAAAGGGUUAAAGAGACAUAAGGUGUAGAAAUUGAUUACAAUUAGUCAACCAGAGCUUUCAAGUCCAUUUGCUGGCAAAGAGUGAGAUCUCAUGGGCAUCAUCUAUCAAGGGUGGGAGGGGGAAGAGGGUAUGGGGGCAUGUUCCCACAGAAAAUUGUGAAAAAAAUGAAAUAGCUGAGAUGUGCAUUCCUUUAAUCUGAGAGAAAAUUCUGCCAUUAAAAAGUGUGUGACAUGAGUGAAGGAGUAAAUUAUAUUUGGAAGGAUAAUUAAUUUUGUAGGUACUUAAUGAAAGUACCUACAAGAAUUUGCGAUAGCAGUUUGCUAUCGCAAAUUCAACCAAAUUAAUAUGAAACCUUAAAGGAGUGAGAAAUACUGGCUUUAGCAUGAGAGUGUAAGAUUGAAUUUGUUUGCAAGAGUCUCUCGCUCAAUGCAUGAGACUUGAGAGCUUUGAAUCAACUCAACACAUUUUGCAUAUUACAGCAAUUUUUGCUAUUGUUUUUUUUAUUUACCCAGUAAUUUACAGGGAAUUCUUCAAUUCAUGCCAUUUAUUUAUUAAUGGUACUGUAAAUUUUUAGUGGGUAGGGAGGUUCAUCAUAAAAGGAAAUGACAGGAUGGGGGCUGGAAGAAUAAAAUAACAUUUCAAUAUUCCAAAAAGAAAAACAUUUCCAAACUUGAAUGUGUCUGUUCUAUCUUUAGAAUAAUGUUCACCCACCAAGUGUCAAGCAAGAAAACAAAAUCAAAAAGUGGAAUUUAAUACAAUUAAAACAGAAGAACUGUAUUUUCAAGGGGUUAAAAAUAGUCAUAAUAAAUGUAAGUUCAUUAUAAUUUUUCUACCCUUUUUUUGUUAGGUCCCUGCCUGAUUGUCUACGAUGACGCUUGCAAUUUGCAUUUGUAUUGUUUAAAUUGGGAUCCUGUCUUUUUCAAGAACUCUCCGUUCCUUGUGGAUCGAUUGCAUUGGCAGGAUCAUACAGGUACGUAA